AAAGUCGUAGAAGUAACACUCCAAUCGGAUGAUCAUCAUACAGUUUUAAUGGGGGGAAACGGGUAACUAAAACAUAUUCUUUUGCUUCAGUAAUACAAUGCCAUCUACUACUCUUGUUAAUCUGAGAAAACUUUGUAAAGAGGGCCAGCUGAAGCAGGCGCUACAGAUUCUGCUCCUGAAACAGAAUGUGGACUCUUCUACGUAUUUUCAUCUGGUGCAGACAUGCAUUGCCAAGAAAGCCCUUUCAGAGGGUAAGCAAAUUCACUCUCACAUGAAGCAGAGGGUAUUUGCAUUUGCCUCAAAUACAUUCUUACAGAAUACACUUAUCAAAUUGUAUGAUAAAUGUGGGAGUUUGAUUGAUGCUCGCCGAGUUUUCGAGCAAAUGAGUGAAACAGAUAUCUUCUCUUGGAAUUCUAUAUUUACUGCUUACAAAAAGCAUGGCUUCCCUCAACAGGCAUUGACAUUGUUUCGCCAAAUGCAAAGGGCGGCUGUUCAACCCGAUGAGUUCAGCUUCUCAAUUAUUCUUUCUGUGUGCGCCAAGAUAGCGUCUCUAAAACAUGGUUUGCAGAUACAAGGAAAACUCAUUAGAUGUAAAUUUCAUUUUGACGUUACCUCGCUGAAUAUUCUGAUAGAUAUGUAUGCAAAAUGUGGAAGAGUGCAGAAAGCACGCCAAUUGUUUGACAAAAUGCGUAGUCCAGGCCUGGUUUCAUUCACUGUUAUGGUUACUGGGUAUGCACAAAAUGGUUUCCUUGCUGAGGCUUUAAGACUAUUUAAAGAAAUGCCUCAACGAAACAUUGUUUCGUGGACUGCAAUCAUUGCUGGAUGUGUUCAAAAUGGACUUGGAUUAAAAGCCAUGGAGUUUUUUAAGCAAAUGCAGAUGGCAGGAGUAAAACCAAACAAUGUAACAUUUGUGAGCAUCCUCCCAUUGUGUGCCGAAAUGGGAGCUUUGGAGCUGGGCAAGGAGAUCCAUAAAAACAUAGUUGAAAGCAGUUAUCUCUCAGAUGUUGUCGUUGCAACGGCGCUGAUAGACGUGUAUGCGAAAUGUGGAAGCAUGCAGAAGGCACGCCGAUUGUUUGAUAAAAUGCAUAGAGUCAAUGAGGUCUCAUGGACUGUCAUGAUUACAGGAUAUACGCAAAAUGACAAUCUGGACGAGGCUUUAAGACUUUUCAAAAUAAUGCCUGAACGAAACGUGGUGUCAUGGACUCCAAUAGUUGCUGAAUAUGCACAGAGAGGGCUAGUUAUGAAUGCCCUUAAGCUUUUCAAGCAAAUGCAAUGCGCAGGUUUGAAGCCAGACUCACAAAUAUUUGCCGCUAUACUCCCAGCAUGUGCCAAAAUGGGAACUUCGGAACAAGGUAUGGAGAUCCAUAAAAAUAUAAUAGAAAGCGGUUUUUCUUCAGAUGUUAUAGUUGCUACUGCCUUGAUAGACAUGUAUGCAAAAUGCCGAAAUAUACAAAAGGCAUACAAGUUAUUUGAGAGUAUGCCUCAAAGAGAUGUGGCCUUAUGGACUGCAAUCAUUGCUGGAUGUGCACAAAUGGGGUAUGUUGAAAAAGCCGUGGAGCUUUUUAAUCAAAUGCAGUUAGCUGGUAUAAAGCCAAACUCAGUAACCUUUACCAGCAUCCUCCCAUUGUGUAUCAAAAAGGGAUCUGUGGAAAAUGUCUUGGAGCUCCAUCUGAAAAUAAUUGAAAGUGGUUUUAUGUCAGCUAUUGUAGUUGUGACUGCCCUCAUAGAUGUGUAUGCAAAAUGUGGAAACAUGCACAAGGCAUACCGAUUGUUUGACAGAAUGCCACAGAGAGAUUUGGCCUCAUGGACUGUAAUAAUUGCUGGAUAUACACAAAAUGAACCUUUUGAAAAAGCUUUGACAAAUUUUAAGCAAAUGCAAUUGGCUGAGGUAAGGCCAGAUUCGUCAACCCUUGCCAGCAUCCUCCCAGCUUGUGCCAAACUAAGAGGAUUGAAACAGGGUAUGGAAAUCCAUCGAAAAGCUAUUGAAAAUAAUUUUCUGUCAGAUGAGGUUGUGACUGCUCUAAUUUACAUGUAUGCACGAUGUGGUAAACUUCGGAGGGGAUGCAUGCUGUUCAACAAAAUGACUCGAAGAAAUGUGAUCUCAUGGAAUGCAAUGAUUCUAGGAUAUUUACAAAAUGGGUUUGUUGAUAAAGCCUUGAAGAUUUUUAAGCAAAUGCAAUUGGCAGGUGUGAACCCGAAUUCAUUAACCUUUGCCUGCAUCCUCCCAGCUUGUGGCAAACUUGGAGCUUUGAAACAUGGUAUGGAGGUCCAUCAAAAAAUAAUCAAGAGUGGCUUUCGUUCAGAUGCAAUUACAAGUGCGCUCAUAGACAUCCCUGCAGGUCUGGUUAAUGAUGUGCUGUGAAAACAUGACUCUUAUUGCGUUGUGACUGCAAUUGAUCAAUUUGUAAGCACGGUUGAUCUUCUUGGCUGUGUUGGUUACCGUGAAGAAACCUUAAAUUUUGUCAACAAGAAGCUACUUAAACUUGACGAGCUUUGUGGAACUUUGUUUGGUACAUGUGCAUCACAUAGUAAUAUAGGAUUAGGAUAACUUGUGUUGACUACAAGACUCCUUUGUUGAGUUGGAUCCUAAUAAUGGUGUGCCUUGGGUUCUGCCAAAACACAUAAGCAGAAGUCAGCAGAUGAGGCGACCUUCAAAAGUAAAUGAAAUUGAUGAAAGGAAGAAUAUAUCUGCAUGUAGUUGACUUGCAGUCCAUAAAAUGGUAUAUUCUUUAUGUGGAGGAGACUCGUUACACAAGGUAAAAAAAACUGGAGAAAUUGCCAUGGGAAAUUGAGACAACAGUGUAUCCCAGAUAUAACUUAAUGAGACUGACGAGGAGAAAAAGAAGUACUCCUCUAUCAUCAUAGUCUAAAGUCACAAACUAUAUUUGGGUUGCUCAAACAUCCCUGGACAACUAUCAGAGUUGUGAAGAACCUUCAAGUAUGUGGCUCCACAUUGCAACCAAGUUUAUCUCCAAGGUUGUUGCAAGAGAAAUUGUUAUGAAAGAUGUGAACUGUUUCCAUCAUUUUAGACACAGACCAUGUUCUUGUGGAGAUUAUUGGCGAGAUUCAGUGAAGCAAUCUCUUAUAGAAAUUAUCAGUGAUGUACAAAGAAGCAUAUUCUGAACUAAAUGGUUGCAUAAUAAAAAAGUGCAUUGUUGUAGGCUUGCCAUGGUGAGAAGGAAUCAGUAUCAAUUUGUACCUUCAGUUUCUAAAGCAAUAUUGUUUUCCAAUACAUGUGGAGAGCAAGAUCAUGCUUUGAAUUUUGAUGAAUGCUAUUUUAAUGUACAAAGAAGCAUAUUCUGAAAAUGAUUGCAUAAUAACAAAGCGCAUGGUUGUAGGCUUGCCAUGGUGAGAAGGAAUCAGUAUCAAUUUGUACCUUUAGUUUGUAAAACCGCAAGAUCAUGCUUUGAAUUUUGGUGAAUGCUAUUUUAUAAUAUACAUCUGUGCCUAGGAUAUACUGAUGGGUUAGUUUUUGAAGUCCCAAGGAGGGGAAUCACGACAUCAAAAUGUGUUUCAGGAAGUCUGUACAACUCUAGACAAAAAAAUUAGUGGAGGUGCAGGAAUGGCAUUUGUGGAAGGAAAUUAAUUCUUGAAGGAAAUGGAAAGCCUCUCUGCAACAAGGAACUGUGAAAACAGGAGUUAUAGUCAGAUCAGGCCAACUGGGGCUUAAAAUCAGGAGAGUAUCUUUUAAUUGUUGUUUACAACUACAUUUGGUCAUAUCAUAUGGCCUUUUAAUUUGUAUUAAUUUCUUUUAUACUUAUGUCAAAGUGUAUCAUUCGGCCCUAAAUUAUUUGUAUCAAAUUGUGUAUCUAAAUCUGUAUUUGACAAUGUGGAUUUUGUGCCAAUAGGGUCAUGGAAUACCAAGAACAUUUUGUGUGGAUUUAGACCAGCGC